AUGCGUGAACGUAUGUCUGGUGCUAUCAACGCAUUGAGUGUCUCGCCAGAUGGGAAUUCAGUAGUCGUCGCUGGACGAGAAAUUUUAAAAGUAUUCAACAUUGAGAAUUCAGAAAUCACAGAGACACACAACUUGAGAGCUGGCAGCCAUUUUAACCUGAACUACAGCAGCAACGAUGUCAAAUGGGGAAACAAUGCAACAAAACACAAGGUAGCUACAGCGGCUACCAAUGGCGCCAUUAUAUUAUGGGAUCUCAACAAGAUUGGACGCAAAGCAGAACGAGUGAUAACAGAGCAUUCCCGUGCAGUCAAUCGUAUAUGCUUUCAACCAGACAACGGAAACAUCCUUCUAAGUGCGUCUCAAGACGGUAUGAUGAAGUGCUGGGAUUUCAGAGAUCCCAAGAAUGGAGCCAGAUAUCGAUUUGAAGGCAAGUCAGAGUCAGUGCGAGAUGUACAGUUCAAUCCAGUCAGUAUAUACGAAUUUGCAGCAGCAUUUGAGACGGGAACAAUACAGGCAAGUGAGGUUCUCAAGUGA